AUGUCAGCCCCCAGAGAAACCAGAAAGAAGACCACUAGAAGAAAGAAGGACCCAAACGCCCCUAAGAGAGCCCUUUCCGCGUACAUGUUCUUUGCCAACGAAAACAGAGACAUUGUGCGCGCGGAGAACCCGGGCGUGACGUUUGGCCAAGUCGGCCGCAUUCUGGGCGAAAAAUGGAAGGCCCUGACGGACGACGAAAAGGUCCCUUACGAAUCCAAGGCCGAGGCCGACAAGAAGAGAUACGAGUCCGAGAAGGAACUGUACAAUGCCACCAAGGCCUAG